AUGUGUUGCUUUUAUCUUCUGUUUACACAUGUUUUACGCAAGAACUAUGAGAUCUUGGGGAAUUUAAAGUCAGACAAGGAGUACUUCGUCGUUCCUUAUUUUCCUGAUAGAGUUGAAUUCACAAGAGCUCAAACUCCAGUCGAUGCAAUUAUUUCUGAAGAGUACAAACAGUUCAUGGAGGAUUUGCUAGAAGCGGACACGACUUCUUAUGGUGUGAUAGUCAACACAUUUCAAGAACUCGAGCCUGCUUAUGUCAAAGACUUCAAGGAGCCAAGGUCCAGUAAGGUAUGGUCCAUUGGACCCGUUUCCUUGUGCAAUAAGGUACUAAAAGUCGGUGUCAGAGUCGGGGUUUACCAGCCUAUGAAUUGGGGAGAAGAGGAGAAGAUAGGCGAGUUAGUGGAUAAAGAAGGAGUGAAAAAGGCAGUAGACGAAUUAAUGGGUGAUAGUGAUGAUGCUAAGGAGAGAAGAAAAAGAGUUAAAGAGCUUGGAGUAUUAGCUCACAAGGCUGUGGAGGAAGGAAGCUCUUCUCAUUCCAACAUCACCGUGCUCUUACAAGACUUAAUGCAACUAGCACUAUCCAAGAAUUGA